AUGCAAGAAAAGUUGGCAGUACAUGAUUCAGCUAUAAAGAACAUUGAAACUCAGUUGGGGCAGUUGUCUAUGGCUUUAAACAACCGCCCCCAGGGAACAUUGCCAGCGGAUACAAAUAUUAACCCCAAGGAGCAAAACAUGAAUCAGCUGAUAACAGUAAGUCUCUGGAAUGGGAGAGAUUUAGACAAAGAGCAGGAGGUUGCGCAAGCCAGCAAAGAGACUACGCCAGCCACUCCAAUUCCACUAGAGGGUCAAGAUGAAAAGGGUAAGGCUAGGGUAAAUGAACAAGCUGCAGAACAAGUGGUGCCUCUUGUGCCACAGAAUCCCAAUAGAAAGAAGCCAGCAAGCAGUGCACAAAGGGUGAUACCUGCACUAUUCCCUCAGAGACUAGUAAAACAAAAGAAGGAAGAUCAAUACAAGAAAUUCAUGGAGAUGAUGCGUCAAAUUCAGUUGAAUAUUCCUUUAAUGAAGGCCUUGAAGGAGAUGACAGGUUAUGCGAAGAUGAUGAAAGAUUUAAUGUCACAGAAGUUUGAUUUUCAGGACCUAUCCACAGUGACUCUAACGCAGACCUGCAACGCAGUAGUGACCAAACCGAUGGCUCAAAAGAUGUCAAACCCAGGUAGCUUUACUAUUCCAUGCACGAUUGGGAGUUAUGCCUUUGUAAAGGUAUUAUGUGAUUUGGGAGCCAGCAUAAAUUUGAUGCCUCUAGCUGUAUACACUAAACGGGGCAUUGGCAGAGCUAGACCGAUUUCGAUGAUGCUGCAGCUGGCUGACCAUACGGUAAAAAGGCCUACUAGAAUUCUUGAUGAUGUGUUGGUGCAAGUGAGGAAGUUCAUGUUCCCUGCAAACUUUGCUAUUCUGGACUCUCAGGUAGAUGAGGAGAUACCUAUCAUUUUAGGUAGGCCAUUUUUGGCCACUAGGAGAGCACUGAUCGAUUAUGAGACUGGGGAAUUAAAAAUGAGACUGAACGAUGAAGAAGUCAUAUUCAAUGUUCAGCAAUCUAUGAGGAAACGCAGUGAAUAUGCUAAUUGCUCUCUAGUGGAGGCAGUGGAUGUGAUCCUGCAAGAAGAUGAUGUGACCCUGAAUGCUAAAGAUCCAUUGGAGACAUGUCUGGCAAAUUUAGAAGAGAUGUAUGGUGAAGGGUUAGUUGAGUGGGUCAUGGCACUUGAAGGCCAAGUAUUCUGGAAAAGGGAACCUCAGUUCGAGUCCCUUGAAUUAGAAAAAAAGGCUACACCUCCGGCAAAGCCAUCAGUAGAGGAACCACCCAAGCUGGAGAUGAAGCCGCUCCCAGCUCACCUUAGGUACGUUUUCUUAGGCCCCGAUUCUACUUUGCCUGUUAUUAUAUCAUCCGGUUUGCUAGAUGUACAGGUAGAACAGCUCUUACAG